AUGAAUGCAUACACAUAUUUAGUAGUAUUUGGUCAUUGUAUGAUGAUCGCGACAUGCAGAGACGAGGAUAAAAUUUCGAAAGCAUGCUACUGGCCAAACGAAAUUUAUGAACCAUGUUUCGGUGGCUGUGCUGAAAUAUCUUGCGACAACCCACGUAACCACCUUCGGCCCUGCUAUCCUUAUUGUGAACCUGGCUGUGUGUGCGAGGAUCCCUACGUGCGAGACGAUCGGACGCACCAGUGUGUUUUGCCACAGGACUGCUCUCCAACUCAAAUGGGAAUACCAGUCCCGAGCAGGAGAUCUAGCAAAUCUGCAGUAAUUGCGAAAAAUAAUGGCAGAAUACAAAAACCUCAUCACAAACAAGAUGAUGUACGCGAAUUUAAUGGUGUUCCUUUCAAUCAAGUUGACGAUUUUAAACGAGCUGAGGAAGUGUCACGAAUGGGGAAUUAUUUUAACAUUGUCAUUGCUCCACCGCCCAUAAAAUCAUUACAACCACGAAAAACUUUACACAGUGAUACACAAAAAUUAACUGCUAAACAAAUAUAA